CAAUAUUGUUGUUUGUUGUGGUUUUACCAAAGUCAAGAACAUUAUUUUUUUUGUCCAGAAAUCUCGUCGAACGAUGGCCAUUCAGUUUCCAUUCGGCAGCCACGACCACGUCGGACAGGUGCUGAAGAUCGACAACACCUUAACGGCCUAUGGAUACGAGAACAACCACGAUUUGAGAAACAAUUUAAGAUCAAUAAUUGAUGAAAUGGGAAAAGUGUCGGCCAUGGCUCAAAAUUUAGAGUCACCGAUCACCAGUGCCAACAAACUUAUUAAUUCUGAUCAUUUUAUAUACAUGAUGACCGAACAAAAUACACCGGCUAAUUUUGCUGUUAUUGGAUUUUUGAAAAUGGGAUGGAAAAAAUUGUUCCUUUAUAACAAACAAGGUACUCGUUCGGAAAUCUCGGUUUAUUGUUUGUUGGAUUUUUACAUCCAUGUAUCUAAGCAGCGUCAAGGUUAUGGAAAACGAUUGAUUGAAUACAUGUUACAGGAUACAAAAUUACAUCCCAAACAUUUGGUUAUUGACAAGCCAACUACAAAUCUAUUACAAUUUAUGUGGAAAAAUUUUCAACUAUCAAAAUUGAUAAACCAGGGAAACAAUUUUGUCGUCUAUGAGGAUUUCUUUGAUGAAUUUAAUGAAAACCAUGAUGAUACUGGCAACAGAACAUCAGGGUAUAACCGUCCACCGACAUUUGGACGCCAUGGGGCUCAUAAACAUCAUGAUUCAAUGGGUGAAAUUGUACAAAAUACAGGAGCUUCUUCUUUUGUCAAGCACGAGGAAGCACAUCAUAACAAUGAUAUUGUUCAUAACCAGUUUAAUGAAAUGAAACCGCAUACUGAAGAAGCUUUAGGCUCACUUCAGAUCAAUAAGUAUGGUGACUAUGUGGAGCGAGAUCUUAAAUACCAUCAUAGCUCUACAUAAUGCAAAAAACUAUCAAUU